GUAUUUAAAUGAGAAUUUGGUACACCAGCCCCCAGUGUAUUUUCAACAGUUCUUGAAAAAACUUUAUUAUCACGAAAAAAAAGUAAGAACAAUAAAUAACUUCGCCAUAAAAUGGCGUCCGCCGUUCUCCUUAUCACCGUUUUUGUCGCCGUAGUCAAUGCUGGAUAUGUGUGGGUCGACGAAGAGGACGACGCACCACCUGGAUACAAAAGGAUGUAUGUUCCUCCCAUAAUGCAACCCCCUCCAUUGCCUGGUUUUGGAAACCUGCCACCUCUUCCCCAACCCCCUCCACUAUACGUCAGAGAUUUCAGCCAACCUUUCGAACAUUUCCACCCUUUCCCCCAAUUUGUUCCUAUAAACAUACCAUCCCCUGCUGAUAUCAAAAAUAUAAAAUCAGAGCCAGGGAAAGUCUUCAAUGGAGUGUCUGUUAAGUCUGUCAGUGGUUUUGGUGAAGACGAAGACGGAAAACCUAUUAGAACAGGUGGUACUACUAUUGUUGUCAACGAAAAUGGAGAGGUGAAAGAGACCAAAGUUGGGAAGAAUCCACCAAAUAUAGAAGACCCAAUCGUCUUCCCAUCGUUUCCCGAUCCAGUAAACUUCAAGCCGUUUGUCUUCAAACCGAUAAAAUUCAAACCAAUCACGUUCAAGCCUAUAGACCUGGACUACAAACCGAAAGAAGGCGAGAACUAUGUAGCAACAUUCCAAUCUAAACACAGCGAAUCAUCAAACAUCAAUGGCGUAGAGAGUAACAGUGGAGGUAGCACCGGUAUAUUAAACGUUAAUGGCGAAACUGAAAAAGAAGCGGUGGAAUUCAGAAAUGAUCCGAAGAAUGGGAAUGCCAGAGAUGAAAGCGAAGAAUAAAAUGAACCUUCUAUCUGUAUGUAAUAACUUUCUGUAUGUCUUUCUGUAUGUAAUUAAUGUCAGUCUAGAAACUUCUAGCUAUUUCGUGACCAGCAGAGCCCCUAUCGGUACACACUAUUUGAUGUUAAACUUAAGGUUCUUCUCGAGUAAGCUUUUAUUGUUAAUUAGGAAUAAUAAAAAACCAUUAAUCGGUCGGUUUUUAUCGAGCUAUAAGUAAUAUUUUAUCGAUAAUCAAAAAAUAAAGUUUUUAUGUCACCUAUUUUCAUUGCUUUUUUUUUAUCAAAUUCAUAACUAAGCGAUUCUUUAUUAACUCUGAUGAUUAUGCAAAUUUCGAUUCAAUUAAACUAUGAAUAAAGUCCCGUUUCAAUUGUUA